AUGCCACCAGUCAGGAACACCAGCAGCGCUUCCAACAAAUGGACCAGUCCCUCACAAGCCCAUGGUCCAAGGUGGAAGGGCUUCCUCAUGUCUGAGCUCCGAAACGACGAAUCCAGACGACGCCAAGCGAAGUGUACUCACUGUGAUAAGGUUUUCAACCAGGCAAAGCCUUCCCAGCUCUUCUCACACAUCCAGGAAUCGUGCCCAAACAUUUCUCCAGACAACAAAUCUGCUUACCUUCGUGAUGUUCUUGCCGAGGGUGGUGAUGGUGGUUCAACCACCUUAAGAUCCGAUGGUCUUGAUGAGACCGACAGUCGAGUUAUCUCUGUCUCCAUUCCUGAUAAAAAAUCAAGCCAGCAAAUUGAUCAGUACUUCCGACCAAUGAGCAAUGAAAAAACCCAUCACCUACAUGAAAUGCUUUUAAAAGCAUUAAUCAGCUCUAAUAUCCCCUUGACAUUUCUCGAAAAUCCUUACUUCCAAGAAUAUCAGUCUGAACUAGCGCGCUCCGUGUACAAAAUACCCCGACGAGUACAAAUGAUGGACAACACUUUGCCAAAGAUACAUGCCAAACACGAAUUGUCUAUGUGUGAUACCCUGAAGGAUCAGACUCAGCUGACGUUGUCUUUGGAUGGCUGGACGGACAACUCUGGUAACAGCAUAUAUGCGGUGAUGGUCCUUAAAGGCGCUAAACGAAAAUACUUUCUCGAUGUACUAGAUCUUAACUCCAAGAGACAUACGGCCGAUAACAUCUUCUCAGCCCUCAAGGAUUCACUGAAGUCCAAGCAAGUUGGCUUGGAUAAAAUCUGUGCAUUGGUCACAGAUUCUCCAUCCGUUAUGAUCAAACUUCGGAGACUUGUGAACGAAGCAAAUCCUCAUAUUCUGAAGAUUUACUGCACCUUGCACGUUUUCAACCUCAUCGCCAAGCAAAUAGCCAGUCACCCAUCCAUGGAUCGUGUGAUCAAGUCCAACAAAACCCUUGUUAACUACUUCACAACCUCGGGGUUCUGGCGUGAGCAUCUUUCUACAUGGCAAAAGGCCAACGAAGUCAAACACGGUCUACAAACUCUGUGUGAAACCCGUUGGUACUCGAUGGCUAAGGUCUGCUUGGGAGUUCAGUCACACGAACUUGGGUUUCGGAAAUGUCUUGAAUUACUUCAUGACCCUUUAGUCGAUACCCCUGCAAUGUCAAAUGCAGUUGUCGAAAUAAUCGAGAAUCGCGAUCACUUCACCGCAAAUCAAACUCUAGUCAGCCUCCUAAAGCCUGUCGUAGAUGCAAUCGGGUCCUUGGAACGGGCAGACACCACUCUUUCUGAUAUCUGGAAAGAGCUUCUGAUCGCAUACAAGGCCAUCAGGGAUACAGAUGUCUACUCUCGCUUCGAGCCUUUCAAAAGGCACUGUCUUAAUGCACUUGAAUCACAGACAAAAAUCUACCAUGAGGAUAUCUAUGUUAUUGCAUUUUUCCUCCACCCUAGCUACCGUCGAAUUGCAGUCUCAAAGAAACACUCACUUCCGGAAGUCGGUCAGAUGCUCCUCCGUCUUGCGAAGCAUUGGAAGCUGACCAGAGCUGAGGCUUCUUCCCUACAAGAUGCAAUCAAUCGGUAUUACAACUCACUUUUCCCCUACAACUCAAAGGACGUCGAUCAACCAUUGGAUUACUGGCUGAUGGUUCCUGACACACCUGAGUCAAACGCGCUGAAAAAAGUUGCGAUUGGUGUCCUUGAAAUCGUUCCCCAUGCUGCUGGUGUUGAGGGCUUAUUCUCAACAAUGAGUGCAAUCAAGACAAAAUCGCGAAAUCGAAUGUCCCCAACAACCUUGAAGAUGUUAGCUCAACUGAAGCUUCACCUACUAGAAGGUGAUCGAUUACUAGCACCUAGAAAACAAAGAAGACAAAAGAACUCGACACAUGAUUCUGAAUACGAAAGCAUGAGAAUCUACGACGCAUUCCUCACUCCUACUGAAUUGGAAGAAUUCGAAACCGGUGUUUUCACCGAAGAACAAAUGCAAGUCGUUGCUUCACGCGAGAACGCCUUCAUGGACACUCUCUUUGAUUUUGAUAUGUGGGAAAACCCACCUCAACCAGCAGAUGAUGUUAUCGACCUUGACGGCAUCCAAGACAACCCCGCCGAUGUGAACUGGGACCCAGAGGAUCUUUGGGUCUGA